UCUGUCCGUCCCGGAUGAGAAUAUUGAGGAGCAGCAAGAUCCUCCUGGAACACGUUCACGGCUCGGAGUGCGGCAGUAUCUCCUCAUCACCCAGUACCUCUCACCGACCAGUACCUCUCCCUGGGUGCUGGUGCUGUCAGCGGCCAGCAUUAUAGGUACAGUGUGCGUUUGAGCCCAGAAGACACGUGCGCACGCGCAGAAAUGACACGGCCUGCGACACAGCACGCUGCGAGUGCAGACAGCAUGCUAUUGGCUGAAUGGGAAAGGAUUAAAUGCGAUGACCAAUGGCGUAUGUGAAGCUGCGCAGUGCCUACUGGGAACGUCUUGCUGAACGCCGGUUGCCGGUAACGGAGGAAGUGAGUCGGCUUUUGAUUGGGCGACUGCACCACGGAAGCGCCAGACAGAACCAACGUGUGGAAGCUGGAGCUAUGUUGCUGUUCUGCCCGGGCUGCGGGAACGGACUAAUUGUGGAGGAGGGGCAGCGUUGCCAUCGCUUCGCCUGCAACACUUGCCCCUACGUCCACAAUAUCACCCGUAAGGUAACAAACCGAAAAUAUCCAAAGCUAAAAGAAGUAGAUGAUGUGCUUGGUGGAGCAGCUGCCUGGGAGAAUGUGGACUCUACUGCAGAACCAUGUCCAAAAUGUGAACAUCCCCGUGCUUACUUCAUGCAGCUUCAGACCCGUUCUGCAGACGAGCCAAUGACCACCUUCUACAAGUGCUGCAAUGCUCAGUGUGGACAUCGCUGGAGGGAUUAAGGGCAGGACUUGCCCAGCUGCUAGCAUGAACUUUGUGUGAAGGUCUUUGCUAUAUGAUAGGGAGCUGACUCUUCUGUGGUGAAGGACCAUGGUGAAGCAUAGCUCAUCUGCAAGUUAGCAGAUAAAGUCCUUGAUAUAUAGGGGCCCUCCGGUCCUUGGGAGAUACACAUAAGGAUGCUCACUUGGUAAUGGCAGUUCAUUACCAUUUGAACUAGGAACUUUUUUGUUUAUAGCCAGUAAACUUAUAUUUAGUUUUUCAAGACAGGUUUUCUCUGUUGUAGUCCUUGCUGUCCUUGCUAUGUAGACCAAGUUGACCUUGAACUCAGAGGUCCACCUUCCUCUGCCUCUGGAGUCCUGGGGUUAAGGGUGUGUGUCACCACCACCAAUGAUAAUCUUGAACCUUUUGGUCUUUUUGCCUCUGUUUCAAAAGUGUUAGUGUUAUAGGCAUAUAAACUAUUUCCAUUUUAUGCAUUCUGGGGGUUAAACUCUUAGCCUCAUGCAUACUAGAUAAGUACUCUACCAACUGAGCUUCUUUCUAGAGAAAUUAUGAAAAAUACUUAUGAAAAUACUGAAAAUCACUUUAAAAUUCUGGAAUUACAUGAUUUAUCUUGUAUGAUUAAUAACUAAAUAAAACUAUUCUGUGAGUUGGA